AUGGGUAAAGAAAAGCAUUUGCCAAAACCAGAGAGCAGUAAAAUGGGUGCUAAAAAGUCUAAGAAGAAGUCACGUAAAUAUAAAAAAAGAAAAUCUCAAGCAGUCACAGCAGUAUUUAGUAAGAGGAAAGAAAGAGCAAGAUCAUCAUCGUCCUCAAGCUCUAGUAGCUUAGAAGCUACUAGUAGUGAAGAUGAAAGUGAAGUGAAAGAUAAAUUAAAAAGGUAG